UAACUUCAUACAGGAAGUGGCGCGAGAGAGUUAACGCUCUUCAACGGAAAGAGCAAAAUACCUUCUUGUUUUUAUCCUUUCACUGGAACGUCAACUUUCAGCUGUGUUGGGUCUGGAGGAUGUGACAGUGUGAAGUGGAGAGUGGUGGAGAUGGGAUCAUCAGUGGAUCGAUUUGCUGUGACAGCUUUUUUCCUUCUCAAUAAUUUGAUGGGUUCAGCAUCUUCAGAUAAAGCAGCAGACCUCCAGCCAUGCCUCUGUUCAGGGCUGUGGAUGAGCACGCUUUAAGAAAGCCUCGGCCCCGGCGAUGGAGGCUGAGGAAUCCGCCACACGAAAGUGACUGGAGGGCACACGAAGGCGUUCCGUCACUGACACGCCUGUGUUUACUAAACCUGGCUGACAACAUGAAAGAAGUAUGGACAAAAGACUAUGCUGACAACUACCUAAAUCACUACGUCUUCAGAUACAUCAUGGGACCCUUCAACUUGCUUCCCGGCGACCUUGUUGAGGAGCUGAUGUGGCUGCUGGGUUGUAGAAAGCAGCUGUCUCGGGCUGCGCUCCACCUCCUGCUGGUCCCUCAGCUCAAGAACCUGUCGCUAGUCACGUGUCCUAGUCUGGUCAUCCCUUCCUUAUGUGUCCACAUUGCUGCAUGCUGCCAGGGUCUGUGGAGUCUGGAUUUGUCUGGAGCUCUGCAGCUACCUUCUAAGUUCCUCUGUGAAACCCUCCAGACUCUUCCGGCUUUGCGCUCGCUCUCCCUGGCCGGCACACCCUGCGACAGCAGCGUAAUCCGGACCAUCGUCUGCCGCUGCCGUUUCCUGCGACAUUUAGAUGUGUCUCGCUGUCAUCUGCUUUCUCCAGCUGCCCUGCUGCCCCUCGGAGGCGCAGCCUUCAGUCCAUCCUCUCUUUCUCCCUCUCCAAUCCCGUCAGCCUCCUGCUCUGCCCCCGCCUCAUCCCCGUCUCCUCUGCCCCUCAUCAGCCUGCUGGCUCUGGACGUCGGCUUUGGGGAACAGACGGGGGACCCUGCAGUGGCAGCAGCUUAUCUGCUUCUGGUUUUGCCCGGGUUGGAGAGGGUGGCUUUGGAUGAGCUCACCCAGGCUUGCUGUCUCAUCCAGCACAGAGAGUUCUGGAAGGCAGAUGAGUUUGCCGACAAGUUAGGAAUUCCCAGGCUGGAGGAAGUGUGGCGGGAGAGGAUCCAAGGAGAGCAGGGGAAAAAUUGGAGAAAAAGACGGGAAGGAAAUUCCCCCAACAAAGAAGAUGAGACCGAAGAGGAGGAGCUGAUUCUGUUGAAUGGCUAUGAAAGUGAGGAAGAGGAAGUUGCAGGUGCAGAGUUCCCAGAUUUUCCAGAUGAAGCCGAAGACAAAGCAGGUGUUUCAUCGCAGUCAGACCUGAUCCUGAACCUGAGGGACGUCAAGGGGGUCAGCUGUGACUGUGUGGGCAGUUUAAGCCACUUGUGUCCAAACAUCACCUCCAUGUCUGUAAACAUUGACGUAGAUGGUGACAUCAGCCCGUUUGCCUCAAGCAUCCGGACAUGGUCGAACCAACUGCGGACUCUUUCGGUCCACCAUCCGGGCCCUUUGGCGGACCUCCUUCCUGCUUUACAAGUUGCAGGUUCUUCCCUGACCUCUCUAACCUUAGAGGGGGUCAAAACUAGCCCACAGACUCCUCUACUGGAGAUCAUUAGAGGCUGCCCAAAGCUCAGGGACCUGCACAUGUCUGGAGAACCUCCUGGAACACGACAGGAAGAAGGAGCGGACGAUCAUCUGGGUGAGCCGGAUCUCCCUCAGCUGCCAAACCUCUGCUCUCUCAGCCUCAGCUUCUCAUACGAGCACAGCCAGAUGAAGCCUGCCAUGUCCUGGACGUCCCUCCAGAGGGUGCUGAAGUGUCUCCUGAUUGGCUCUCCAUCACUGGAGAAGCUCUCCUUCGUCUCAGUGCCGUGCCCCCUGAACGGCGUGCUGUGGAGUUUGCUGUUUGGAGCGAAUUGGGCCAGGCGUCAUGUCAGAGCUUCCGCCUGUUUUCCCCCCACGCCACUGGAGCGGCUGCAGCGGAUUGACCUUCGGCGAACAGACGUGCUGAUGGGCACUGUCAACAUGAUAAUGCGGCACAGCAAGAGGCUCAGGUUUGUGGAUCUGAGUCACUGCUGGAAUAUCAGCAAGGUGGAGUAUCUGAACCGGAAGAGUUGUGAUAGAGUCCAGGUGGUCUGGGUGUAGCGGCGUGAAUAAACCGGCUUCAGGAGCUCCAGCUUGAGACAGAAUUUCUCUGAUAUUUCAUGGAAAAUUAGUGUUUACUUCCAUUAGAAAUGCAGUUUAGGAGCCUAUUAUUAACUCAGUGUUAGCAAAUGUUCAACCAUUUCAUUAUUUUUACUUUGUAAAACAUUUUUCAAAGGUAAGGCCUUAACCCCAUGAUAUUUUGGUUUGUAAAACAAAUGUUUUGAAUUUAUGUAAAAAUUCAUACCAAACGUGCUUUUAUUAAUUUUGAAAUUAAUUGAAAAUUUAAAAAUUCAAUUUAUAAUUUUCAACCCACAUCUGGAAAACAGUCAACAUCCAAGCUUUUAUAAAAAUAAAAAUCCAAUGUUAGCGCUUAAAUGAUUUCAGGACCUUAUCGUUUUAUACAGUUUUUUUUUCUUUGGCAGGAAGUUAUAUUACACUCUACCAAAAUAAAAUCAGUUGUUAAAACAAAUAAAACAUGAGCUGAUUUUGCUUUUUCUAAGUGUCACAAAGUCCUGAAGGAACCAGAUUAGAUUUGGAAUAAAAACAUCUAACUCGUGCUGUUUUAAAGUCCCACUCCCAUCGACUUUUAAUCUAUUUUCAAAGCGUUCCUAGUGGUUUUUUAUUUGAUUAUAUCAUUUUUAGCCAAUAUAAAAAACCUGUCAUUUUCCAGGAUAUUGUUUUUGCAGAUAUUUGCUUGUGAGUUGUGGGCAGGACCAUUGGCGGAUUAACCCCGCCCCUCUUUCCCUCCCCAUUGCUGAGGGUUUAUGGCCUGCCCAUUGUAUUCUAUGCCACAAAAAGGCUUUUUUGUCUGCUCCUCAUUCCCUGUUAUUUGAAUGAAAAAUACUCAGAGAUGCAAUUUUAAUCUAAUCUAAUCUUAAUUUUCUUUCUACAUGUCCUCCAUCAUGAGAAAAAUGCUACAAGAAAAUGUUAAAAACACCAUCUUCAUUGGAGUGGGACUUUAACUAUUUUUUUCCUUUCCUUAACAUACCUUUACACUAACAAUCAUUUUUUUUAGUUUGAUAAAAGUGUUUGUAUUUAAUAUCCUUUUUGAUCCGCUUCUCGCUUCUACCCUGAUUUGUUUCAAACCCCACCCAUUCUGCCACAGGGUCUCUCCUGAUUGGUUAACCUUUUUGGGCAUCAUAUUCGCUGAAUGAAUGAACACACCAGUUUGUUGCAGCAUGUUUUUGUUUUUUAAUCAAUGCACAUAAUGUUUGCUAUAACCAAAGAACCUGUGGAAAUAAUGAAUAUUACUCUGUGUAUAGAAACAUUCUGGCUAAAUAGGGGCUACCCUUGAGACCUUGAGGUCUAACAUGCUGUUAGUUAUCCAGUUAUCCCUUCUUACUGCUGAUCACAUGAAGCAUGUCUAGUCGGUUCCUGAAAUCUUGUCAUCCAGUUAAUACGGUUUGUCCUUAGUUAAAGUAAAUAAUUAUUUAAAGAAAGCAAAGCACAUUCACCCUCCGCACAGUAGCCUUGGACAGUCCAGAUGUCAUUUCAUCUCACGAACUAAGCAGGUUUGGGGCUGCUUAGUGUUCUGGGACAAGCAGGUGCUGGAAGUCACUGCAACCACAUGAGUGUUUUCAUGUGCCGGUCCAAAGUCUGGGUGAAUGCUGAGGCAUCUGCCAUAAAACUAAAGGCAAGUCAACCAAUCCCUAAAGGGAAUAAACAAAGGAGAAAAAUAAACAUUUACAGUGUAUAGAUAUGUGAAUAGUUUAACUGCCAGUGUUUUACAGUUUUAUUACUUUUAAUACCUUCUUGUCAUUUAUUUGCAUGGGGGGAAAAAAUUUGACUCAUAAAUGUUUUCAUCGUGUAAGUUUUGCACCUUUUAUGAUCAACCAGGGGCAACCUGCAAUAAACAAAACUAUGAAAAAAA